AUGGCCUCUGCUGCUGCUCGCGCCUUGGCAUCCCGUUCCCUCGGGGAUUUGGCUCAUGUCACUACAGCACACUCGGAUUUGGCGUGUGAAAAUGAUGACCCUCUACUGACAUUGCUUUAUCGACAUCAUCAAUUUCCUAAUAUCAGUCGUCCUCGGUCCGUCGUCAAUUCUUCAGGGAUUGAAUCCGUUCUUUCUCCUGGCCAGCCAAAGAACAGGAAAUUGCCAGUUCCAUUUAACAGUGGUUACGAGGUGGUCGCUGUUCUUAGCAAUAAACCAGGCUCUGUUGACGGACCAAACAGAGGGAGCUGCGCUGUUCGACGAAGUUAUAACGCCCUGGACCCUGAGAAUGUACAGCUGUGGAGAGUUAGUCGCGUGUCCUCUGCAAUAGUAUUCGUGAUUUCCAGCAUCGGACCAUUGGCUGAUUACAUUCCAAAACGUUUCGCCGGCAUUGUAAUCGGCAUCAUCAUUGACAGGCGACAUUUGCCGCUUCUCUUACUCUCAACCCAACUUCAUAUGGCCCAUCCACUUAUUUACACAAUUCUGUGCUCUCGUUUCCUCCAAUGUCGCCUAAGAGUGUCGCGAAAAGUGGGUUUAGUGAAUCGUAAUCGUAUCAACCGGUACCAGAUGCCGUUUGCAGGAUUCCUAGCUUACAUUUUGCCACCCUUGUUUUCCUACCCGCUUGCCAAUUGGCUGCUGCUAAAUAUCAAAAUCACUGUUUGCCUGUCUGAAAUCUGGCUGCCUAUUAGCCUUCAAUUCCCGUCCUCGCCAUAUUCGAGAAUUAAGAGCCCAUGCCAGUACAUGAGAAUCUUCCUAUCCACUUCUUCAAACACGUCAAUUAGUUAUCGUGUUUUUCACCACCACACACAUUGUGUCCCAUUGUUUGAGUUCUUGUGUAUUAUGUCCAAGGGUCUUCUUUUUGCUGUCUUCGCUGAAUCUCUAAUUGGUAUCUUAGUGCGGAGAAUGGCAAAGCUCACUGAUGAUGCAGACUUCGAUGGCGGCGGAACGUUUGAGAAUGUAUCAAGUCCAUUGUCUGAUGCUGGGAAUCAUGACAACUACUUUGGCAGACGACUUCAGACUAGGUGCGUUCUACAUAGUUGCGACAACGAGGUCAAUCCACUUCUAAUCUCCUGUUCAUCAGGUUUCUAUGGAAAAGGAUACGCUGGUGUUCUUUAUCCUUGUGCUGAUUGUCCUUCCCGUCUCUCCGAUGCAUUUUUGAUUACAGUUAUUGCAGUUUCUGCUGUGAACUCCGGAGCACUCCAUUUUGUUGACUUCUUUAUGUUGGUUAGGCAAGCUGGUGAAGAGGGUUAUCCGUUCCUUCAGGAUUAUGCGAAUGUUCCAUUUCCCUAG